UGUGUGGAGCAGGAAACAACUAUAAAAUGCAGGAUAGUGUUUCCUCAAGGACUUGGGUUGUGAACCACUGGUCUUGAUUCCUCCUCCUUUUUUUUUUGCAGUUUAUAAGUACUUUGAAGACUGCAAAAAAAAAAAAAUGGCAGUUGCACGUCUGAUGCAAAUCUGUGUAUUGUUGUCUGCGCCGUGUUUUGCAUUUAGUCUGGAAGAACACUUGGUUUUCCUUGCUAAACCAACAACAAACAAUUUAUGGAAUAUUACUCGGGCCAACAGAGGAACAGUCAAAGCCAGUGCAAACUUCAGCGCUACUGCAGAUGCAGAAGUGCUGAACAAGGCCAUGAAAGGACUGGGGACUGAUGAGGGUGCCAUCCUGCAGCUGGUGACUGCUCGCAGCAAUGCCCAGAGACAGGAGAUCAAGACCGCCUACAAGACUCAGUUUGGAAAGGAUCUGGUAGAUACCCUGAAGGGAGAGCUGGGAGGUAAAUUCGAGACUCUGAUUGUGGCUCUGAUGACUCCUCCACUCGCUUAUGAUGUGACGUCAAUUCACAAUGCCAUCAAGGGGGCAGGAACAGAUGAGAAGGUACUUGUGCAGAUUCUCGCCUCCAGAACGCCUCAGCAGGUGAAGGAUAUCGUUGCUGCUUACAAACAGGCAUACGAUAAAGACCUGGAGAAGGAUGUAUCUGGUGACACUUCCGGUCACUUCAAGAGACUGCUGGUCAUUCUGCUUCAGGGAAACAGGCAGACUGGAAUCCAGGAAGGAAACAUUGAGAGCGAUGCUCAGGUCCUGUUUAAAGCGGGAGAGCAGAAGUUUGGAACUGACGAACAGUCGUUUGUCACCAUCCUGGGCAAUCGGAGCCCUGAACAUCUGAGAAAAGUAUUUGAUGCUUACAUGAAGCUGUCUGGAUACGAGAUAGAGGAGAGCAUUAAGAGGGAAACUUCUGGAAACCUGAGAGCUCUGCUCCUCGCAGUUGUGAAGUGCGCCAGGAGCGUUCCAGCCUACUUUGCCGAGACCCUGUACAAUGCCAUGAACGGUGCAGGAACCGAUGAUGACACCCUGAUCAGGGUGAUGGUGACUCGUAGCGAGGUGGACAUGUUGGACAUCAGAGCUCAGUUCAGGAAGAUGUUCGCUCGCUCUCUGUAUUCCAUGAUCAAGGGAGAUACCAGUGGUGACUACAGAAAGGCUUUACUGUUGCUCUGUGGUGGAGACGAUGCAUAACCAUGACGACGACAAUCAUGAACACAUCUGAAGUGCCUCCUUUUUAUAUCAAGAUUAUUAGUCCUCGUCAGGGCUCUUAAACUAUUAUAAGGGUAGCUAACAUUUAAAUGCAGCUUUUGGUCCACUAAUAACCUGUCUCUACCUGAUUUCACAUCAAUGUUUGCACUUUGUCUGGCAGAACCAGUAAAUGAAAUAUUAAAAAUGUUUCACUUAAA